AUGUCGGGCGGGUUGCAUCACCUGGACCAGUUAGCCCAAGACGUGCUGGACGGCAAGUCGACCGCAGUACUACAAGGGACAGGGUUGGCGCUGCCGACGCCUCCGGCUCCCCAGGCAAGCUCGGCUCGUGCUCCCCACGCGAGGCCCCUUCCUUCAACUGCAUCGGCGACUACGUCAGCGCCGACCGAGUCCGCAAGCCCGCUUACGGGCACUAAGUCGUCAAAGUCAGCCAGGGGAGCCCCUGCUCCGUCCAAACACAAGGCGGCGAGUAUCACAUCGGCUCGGAAGACUCCGCAGAAGAAAUCACGCACUCCCAGCAAGCCAACAGCGACAGAGGACCUUCCGGUGGCCGUAGACUCGGCGCCUCUUGCUCCCAAAACUGUCGAGGGCAGCGCUAAAGCUCCGAAGCAUGUGCGGGAAGCCAUCGCUGCUGUUCUUGCGAAGGCGGAGGCUGCCGGCAAGAAGCCGUGGCUCAAGAACCCUCAUGUACACCGCCAUCAUUGGCGCUUCUGGAUGGCGCAUCGUCGCGCGUUCUGGGAGUGGGCGUUCCAUGCCCCGCUUGAUUCCAGCCUCGCGUUGGCUAACCGACGUAAACUCAAACUGCGCGCUACCCAAGCUCGUAUGGCUCGAUACAACACCAUGCUCAAUAUCGCCCUUGACCCCGACGCCAUCGACUCCUACGGUUACACCAGCAUGCGGUCUUUCUUCGAGUCGACUGAGGCCUUGCAGUUGUCGGCUCUUCCCCCAUAUCGACUUUCGGAUACAGCGCUGGCCUACGUCCGCCGAGACAUAAUGUCCGGGCGCAAGCCUAAAGAUACAUGGGUCGGCACCAAGACUGAGGAACCAUGGAAGUCCCUGAUAAACUCCAACCGAAUCAAGUUGAUCCAAGACAAACUAGUUGGUGAGCCCGGGUCCAACUCAAGCAAUGUCCCCACUUCCAAGCCAAUCACCCUAGCUGAGUCUCGUCGUGUCAACUAUUCCGACUUCGAAGAAGAAGACGAAGUCGACGGCGAGAUAAACUCCGACAAUUAG